UAAUGGGGUUGAUGACAGGUAUCCUCUGACUUCCUCGUCUUUAAUGGGGUUGAUGACAGGUAUCCUCUGACUUCCUCGUCUUUAAUGGGGUUGAUGACAGGUAUCCUCUGACUUCCUCGUCUUUAAUGGGGUUGAUGACAGGUAUCCUCUGACUUCCUGGUCUCCUUUCAGCUCCUCGUGGAACAAACGGCCUUAGCAGUGCAUCUCCAGCGGACUCUGUUCUGGACGGUUUUCUUCAUUCCCGGUGGUUCUUCUCUUUUUCACCUCAUUCGUCCAGGUCUUCUCUGUAUGGCUCCGUUGGUAGAGCAUGGUGCUGGCACUGCCAGGGUAGUGGGUUCGAUUACCCUGGGCCACCCAUACGUUAAAUGUAUGCACGCAUGACUAAGUUGCUUUGGAUAAAAGCGGCCUGCUAAAUGACUUAUUAUAAAGAGGUCACCUUUUUUAAGUUUUUUUUUUUUCAUUUAAAUUGCCGUUAUCCUUGAAUGCCACCUUGUGGAUUAAGAUAGUAAAGGUAAAUGCUAUUGCUAUGUUCAGUUUAAAAUCAGAAUGGGAAUUCUCAGCUUCACACUUGAAUAUUCCCAGUAACACCCAACAUUUUGAAAUACCAAUUUCAGCACAUCAUGACCCAGGACUUGUACUGUAUCUCUUAUCCCCUCACCUCAUGUGAGUCCAUACCAUCUCUCUAAACUCUGACAGGUGUCUGUGUUUCCUACUCAGAAUCUGGAGAGAACACAGAAGCGGGCUUGGUGCAUUAUCCUUGGACCAUCAAACAGCAUCUAUACAUCAGCACUCAAUCUGACCGCUGAGAGAACGUGGCAACUGAACUCUGCGUCCAGCUUGCCCAUCAUCACCUCCAAUCUGACAACAGCAACCUGCUGCCACAACCACCAGAGGUCGUAACUCCCUCAUUACGGAUGCACACGCUUUCUCUCACACGCUUGACUUGGAGGAGUCAACUAAAACCGUGCAGAAAAUGAUUUCACACCCCAACAAUACAUUGUCACAACUGGCCCUAGAAGCUGGCCUGACCUUAUCGGUUUAAGGACAAUGGUUUUUGCUCUGAGCUAAAUGUUAGACGUGUGUACUUCUACCGCGCAUCUCAUAGUGCCGCGCUGCGCCGCAUAGUGAUGGGUGGACCGAAGGCAGCGCUCGCCGAGACUCAUCCCUAAAAAAAGCUCAAUGCCUCUUCCUCGGAGCCGCCGACAGCAGGCGAGACCCGUGGACCGCUUCAUUAACUGUCCAGACACGGAUUGAUUGAUCAGAUGUCUUGUUCACGACCGAAACUUCAACUAUGCAUUCACUGGAAACGCAAAUGGCUCCCAGUUUGAGGAGUGCGCGGAGAGAUUUCACCAAACUGCAUGCCUGCGGCGCGGCGGCUGGAGACGGGCGCUCACCGGGAUGGAUAAGAGUGCGAGAAGCAGGGUGGUAUCGGAGAACCAGGAGAAGAGAUGGAGCAGAAGGGAUGUCUGCAAACUGUCUGUUAUACAUAGGAAUGGUCUUACUUCUGUUGCAGUGUGCGCAGGCCACAGAGGAUGAGACAAACUACGACGCCUCUGGUUCUUCUGAUGUACCCAAUGACACAACAGCCUCCGCCCAUCCCAUUCACCCAUUGGCCGGCUUGCUGUUGGUGGAUGAGGAGCCUUUAUCAGUCGUCCAACCAGAUGGCAGGGCUGUGUCAGAGGGGGUGGGCCUGAGAGAGCAGCCUGCCUUCUCCUCCAUACUGACCCUGCUGGCGGAUAAACACCCACUGAGCUUGGUCCGAUCCAAGACCUCGCCAACCAUCAUCAAGGACAACAACCAAACCAGCCUGUGGCCUUCGGUUGCUCCCUUCUCUUCUUCUUCUUCUUCUGUGGAGCCGAGCAGAGACCUGUCUGACAGCUCAGAGACAGCGAUGGAGGAGUUAACUGUGGGAACAUCCAGAGAGACAGGGGUUAAUUUCCCCAAAGACAACGAGACCAGAUUAUCCCAAACAGGGAACCUCACCUUAGCCGACAGGCCUGCACUCACAACAUCACAGGUGUCACCUUUGACCCCUCGAGAGGACACAACGACUGCAUCCCUCCAGCUCACGACCGUGACCACCACAACCAUAGCUUCCACCACAACCACAACACAGCCAAUCACAGAGAGCCCAACCACGACAACAACACGCAGAACCACCACUGCUCCAGCCUCCAGGAGAACACUGUCACCUCCAAUCCCAAAGACCAAACCCAGAGGGACGACCACCCCGUUCCCCUUCACCACCACCACGGAGGCUCCACCCCGGCAGUGCAACGUCACAGAGAAGAUCUGGGUUAAAACAAGUAAGAGACACAGAAAAAAGAAUGAACCUUUUCUCAACAGGAACCGCCUGGACAGCAUCCAGAGACAGAACCUGCGUAGAGGGCUGACCCAGGCUCUGAGUAGAGCUCUGAAUGACACCACUGCCCUGGCUCAG